GUUUUCCUGUUUAAAAAGACCUAAUGCAAUAAAUACACUUUCUUCACUUCUGGGCAAAAUGCAUGAAACUCAAAUGAUAUUAGAAAGUGGUUUCAGUAAAAUUGGAUUGGAUUAUAUAAUUAUUUAGAUGACGGUGUUGAAUUGAGUUAUAGUUUCAAACUUUUGCAUCUGAUUUCAGAACGCCAUCGAAGGCCUAAAGCAACAAUCUUUUCUCCUAUUUCUCAGUUGGGUCAUGAGCAUGAUAGCCAAUUGUUUUAUUCUCUAAGAAUUUCACGUUGUAACCUUUCCAAAGUAAAAUUCUAGAAUUUGUUUGAUUUCAAAACGCCAUUGAAAACCGAUGGCAACACUGUUUCUCCAAUUCUCUUAUUAGGUCUCCAACUUUUGUCAGAGUUAGUGUUAUGAGUUACUCAGGUGGUUUUUUGUUGCAACUAACACAAAGGUGCAAGAAACUUCCGAAUCAAAUGAAGCAAAUUCAUUCCUUUAUAAUCACCAAUGGCCACCUUCUUCAUCAUUCAAAUGCUCCAUCAUCAUCACUAAGUGAUCGAUGGAUGCCUACUCUCCUCUACAACGCCCUCAUCAGUGCCUAUCUUAUACACAAACGCAAGGUUUUUCUUUUCACUCAUAUGCUUGCAAACCAAGCUCCACCCAACAGUCACACUUUCCCUCCUCUUCUCAAAUCUUCCCCUCUUCCUUUGGGCACUACCCUUCACUCUCAAACUGUCAAGCGUGGCCUUUUGUCUGAUCCCUUCAUUCUCACCGCUCUCCUUUCCCUUUAUGCAAGAAACCACCUCCUUCCUCAUGCACACAGGGUGUUUGAAGAAUUUCCUAGGUUUUGCAUUGUUGCGUGCAAUGCAAUGCUCAAUGCUUUUUCCAUAAAUGGGCACAUGGAGGCUGCUGUGGAAUUCUUUGAACGCAUGCCCCAAAGGGAUGUUUUCUCAUGGACAACUGUUGUGAAUGGUUUUGCUUUGAAUGGGAAUUUUGGUGCCUCAAUUCGGUUUUUCGGGAAGAUGAUGAGUCAUGAGGAUGUGGUGCUUCGUUUGGUGAAGCCUAAUGAGGCUACUUGUGCUAGUGUGCUCUCUUCUUGUGCCAAUUUAGACGGUAAAGUGGCUCUUGAUUGUGGAAAGCAAAUUCAUGGAUAUGUAGUGGUGAAUGAGGCCAAGUUAGGAGUAAAUGUGGAAACUUCGUUGAUAAAUCUUUAUGGGAAGAUGGGGUGCUUGAGUAAUGCUGAGAAGGUUUUCAGAGUAAUGGUUGUCAGAAAGGUAUGCACUUGGAAUGCAAUGAUUUCUUCGUUGGCUUGCAAUGGUAGAGAGAAGGAGGCUCUGGACAUGUUUGAGAAGAUGAAGCUUCAUGGGUUGAAACCAAGUAGCAUUACUCUUGUUGCUGUUCUUACAGCAUGUGCUCGUGGAAAUUUUGUCAGGGAAGGAUUGGAGUUAUUUCGAUCAAUGUGGCAGGACUUUGGAAUAGAACCAAUAAUGAAGCACUAUGGAUGUGUGGUUGAUCUCUUGGGUAGAGCAGGGCAUGUCGAAGAAGCAGCUGAGAUCAUAAGAAAUAUGCCUUUUAAGCCUGAUGUAUCUGUUUUGGGAGCCUUUUUGGGUGCAUGCAGGAUUCAUGGAGCUAUAGAACUAGGCGAAGAAAUAGGAAAAAAAAUGCUUAAAUUGCAGAGACAACAGGGUGGGCAAUAUGUGCUAUUGUCGAGCAUGAAUGCGGAGAAGGAAAGAUGGGAUCAUGCUGCUGAUCUAAGGAGGGAAAUAAUGGAGGCUGGAAUUCAGAAAAUUCCAGCAUACAGUAUGGUUCAUUUGACAUAAUUAUAUUUCUGUUCUCUGUCCUCUUUCAGUUAUUCUUUUUUGUUUCCCUUCUUUUCUAAUAGGUUACUUUUAGUCUACCUAAUCUUUAGGAACCAGUUUAGUAGUUUUGGAGCUGUAACUGUGCAUAUCCGGGCAUCAUGUUUUUACGAGUUGUAGUUUAA